CUCCUCUCCUUCCUAUAAAGCAUUAUACCGCAUUGAUCACUCCUAUCUAUACAAUAUUUUUACGACCUACCGACCAAUCUCUCGCGAAAUCCAUCAUUCCGUAUCUCGGAACAAUCACCAUCGAGAAAAGAGAGAAUGCAGAAGAGCAGCUCGAACUCGUCACUGGGCCCGGGCGGCCUCGACUUGUCCCAGGCCUUCUUCAAGCCCAUCCAGAGCGUUGCUCCACCAUCUGCGACCAGCCGCCGCACCAAGGUAUCCAUUGUCGGGGCUGGGAAUGUCGGGAUGGCCAUAGCCCAGACGAUUCUGACCCAGGACUUGGUGGACGAGCUCGCCCUCGUGGACGCCAAGCCUGACAUGCUCCGAGGCGAGAUGCUGGACCUUCAGCAUGCUGCUGCAUUCCUUCCCCGGACCCGGAUCCUUGCCUCCACGGAUUACUCUGUGACAGAGUGUUCGGACCUCUGCAUAGUCACUGCCGGGGCUCGUCAGAUGCCGGGGGAGUCCAGGCUGGGACUGGUGCAGCGUAACGUGGCCCUGUUCCGGAGCAUCAUCCCACCCUUGGCAAAGUUUUCCCCAGAUUCAGUCAUCUUGAUCGUGUCGAACCCAGUGGAUGUGCUGACCUAUGUGGCGUGGAAGCUGUCAGGGUUCCCGCCAAACCGGGUCAUUGGUUCGGGCACAAACCUGGACACAUCGAGGUUUCAGUUCUUGCUCGCGGAUCAUCUAGAUGUCAAUGCUCAGGAUGUGCAGGCUUACAUAGUGGGCGAGCACGGGGACAGCUCGGUGGCGCUUUGGUCGAGCAUAAGCGUGGGUGGCGUCCCGAUCCUUAGCUUCCUCGACAAGCAUCAGAUCCCAUAUGAGAAACAGAUGCUGGAAGGCAUCCACGAAAAGGUGGUGGGGGGUGCCUACGAGGUGAUCAACCUCAAAGGCUACACCUCCUGGGCCAUCGGCUACUCUGUUGCGAGCCUGGCCCGAUGCAUCACUCGCGAUCAGAGGAGGAUCCACCCUGUGUCAGUCCUCGCGAGGGGGUUCUACGGGAUCAAGGACGAGGACAUCUUCCUCAGCCUGCCGGUUCAGCUGGGCCGCAGUGGGGUUGUCGGCGUGGCCAAUGUGUGCAUGACUGAUGAGGAGGCGGGGCGGCUCAGGGCCUCGGCUGAGGCCAUCUUGGAAGUUCAGAGUCAACUGGGCAUUUGAUUUGAUUUAACCCGGCCAGAGCAAGAUUAAAGUAAAAAUGGAUGAGUAAAACUUACAAUAAACAGAUAAAUGUUGGAAUAAUGACGGUCAUAAUUUAUUUAUUGAUCACACGUUCAUCUGUAUCAUAGAUAGUACUCCCAUAAGUUUAUGGUUUGUGGAUAAAGGGCUUCUAAUUGCACAUUUCCUACGUAAUUUGCACUCAAAUUUUUGUCCAACCAAGCCAACCUGUUACAUGCAAGUUAGGUAUGUUUUGCAUGUGCCAUGUAGUGAAAACUAUGGACCUAAGGUCAGAAACAUUUGUCAUGGGGAAUAUACUACGA